AUGACGUUGCCACUGUUUGAUGCGCACUGCCACUUGCACGAUGAGCGGCUGUGGUCUCCCAGCUCUCCAUCGAGCCGUCGCAAGUUCGACGGCGUGCUCUCUAGGGCUCGCAAUGCUGAUGUGACUCACGUCGUGUCCUGCGCAACGCACGAACAAGACUGGCGCGCUCUGGAGCAACUCAUACAGCAGCAGCAGCAGCAACAGAACAAUUCGCUCGCGAUCGUCCCUGCGUUCGGUUUCCAUCCGUGGUGGGCGGGUGAGGUAUCGCUGGGGGGUUCCGGAGAGGGUCUAAGGCCACUCAGGGACACAUUGGCGAGACAUCCUGGAGCAAGUCUGGGAGAGAUCGGGUUGUGUAAGAGCGCUCGAGGGCGACAGGUUCCCAUUGAGGUACAGGAGGCGGUGUUCCAAGCACAACUGGCGCUGGCGGCCGAGCUGAACCGUACCUGCGUUCUGCAUUGUGUGGGGUACUAUGGCAAACUUCUGGAAAUUCUACUAGGUGUGGGUCGCGGAGGAGGCCAACUACCACCGGUUCUGGUGUUUCACUCGUACAGCGGCCCAGCGGAUAUGAUGCGGUCGUUCUUAGCGCUUCGAGGCACGAGAGUCUUCUUCUCGUUGAAUGCCAAGCAGUUGACGGAUCCGCGGAUGAAGAAAGCUGCUACUUGUUGCAAGGAGCUGCCACUCGAAGCACUGCUGCUCGAGACGGAUGCCCCUGACCAAGCUCCCUCCGUCGAACAUACUGAGAAGGUGUUUGGUGGCGAGGUACAGCAAGUUGCUGGCCCUCCAUUGCUGCUGCAGGAAGACUCGGUCGAUACUAACGAACCAGCACUGGUAAAACUUGCGCUUCAUAGCGCGGCGGAGAUUCGAGGAGUAGCGGUUGAGGAACUGGCGGUCGCAGUAUACCAAAACUGCAAGGAGGCGUUUGCCCAUUGA